AUGGGUUCAACUGGAGAAGGAAUUUAUUUUCAGAAGCCUAUACUAUGCUUGCCAUUUCACUCCGAUCAAUUUUUCAACGCAAUCGCAAUUGAUCAAUCGGGCGUCGGACAAUCGUUAUUUAAACUACCAUCUGUUUUACAAUCAUUUCUGAAUCCGACUGAUUUUCAUGAUUAUACAUUUUCAGCCAACGACGUAACAACGAAACUGUUAACAAUGUGGAGGAAUAGUACGUUCGAGAACGCAGUUCGAAUCAUGUCAGCUGAAAUGAAACAUGCUGGUGGUGUGAAACGAGCUGUGAAAGAAAUUGAAUUCUUAGUCAAAUUAAAUGGUGAUUUAGAUCGCUAUAUGCCAUUUCAGAGUACACUACCAUUCUAUCAGCAGUUUAUGGUUGACUUAGUGAUUGUUUACAUUGUUAUACCUGGAGCAAUCAUUUUUUAUGUAUUUGUUAAAUGUUGCAAACAAAAUCGAAAGAAAAAAGUCGAUUGA